UAGCUGUGUCCAAUCACAGCUGUCUGACAGAGGAGAGGAGAGCCAGCAAUCAGCUUCCCGCAGAGGGGACAUGUACACUGAUCAUCAGGGCACUUAUGAUCAGUGUAGCCCCAGCAGUUCCACCUGUCAGUGCCUUGUGUCAGUGCUCAUCUGUGCCUACCAGUGCACAUCAAUGCCACAUAUCAGUGCCCAUCUGAGCUGCCAGUCAGUGCCGCCCAUCAGUGCUGCCUUUCAGUGCCCAUCAGUGAUG